AAUCGUCGAUCAUUGCAAUAAUAAAAUAAAUGAACUUCUCAUCACAACAAGUUAAGAGGUUAAUAAAUACUAAAAGAAAAUAGGAAAUUUAUCAGUGUUUGAUGUAAAACAGCACAAAGUGGUGCAAAAUGUUUCUAAUAAUUUUUGUUAUAACAUCACUAAUUUUGAUCUAUAUAAAAUUAACAAACCUUUAUUCGACAUGGACUAAAAAAGGGAUAAAACAAACGAAACCUUUAUUUCUACUUGGAGAUAAUGCCGGAACAAUUUUAGGUUCUCAGUCUGUGUACGAUUCGAUGAAAAAUCUUUAUAAUUCAUUUCCAAAUGAGAGAUAUUUUGGAAUGUAUCAAUUAACUUUACCGACCAUACAAGUUAAUGAUCCAGAUUUAAUAAAAACUAUAGCAAUAAAAGAUUUUGAUCAUUUUGUAAAUCACCGACAAUUUUUACCAGGCGGUGUUGAACCAAUGUGGACAAAAAAUUUACUUUCAAUGCAAAAUUCUGAUUGGAAACACAUGAGAACAACAUUAACCCCAUCGUUUACUUCGAAUAAAAUGAAAAGUAUUUUCAAUUUAAUCUCAGAGGUUUCACAAAACUACGUUGAACAUUUUAAAAUUAAUAAACAUAUUAACGAGAUUGAAUUAAAAAAUUUCUCCACAAGAUACACAAACGAUGUGAUUGCUAGUGUUGCUUUCGGAAUUCAAUGUGAUUCUCUUAAGUAUCCUGAAAAUGAUUUCUUUGUGGCUGCAUCGAAUAUCACCAAUGGGAAAGGAUUAAGAUUGUUUGCGUUUCUUGGGUACAUCAUAUUUCCUAGAUUAUUUAAAAUGCUAAAUAUACCAGCAUUUUCACGUUCGGCAACGAAUUUCUUAAAAAAUGCUGUUUUAGAAACCAUUAAAACACGAGAAAAACAUAACAUAGUUCGUCCGGAUAUGAUCCAUCUUUUAAUGGAAAUGAAAAACGAUUCCAAAUCAACUCAAAUUGGAUUUAGCGAUGAAGAUAUUGCAGCACAAGCUUUUAUUUUUUAUUUAGGCGGUUUUGAAACCGUGUCAGCCACAAUCUUUUUACUCGGUCAUUGUUUAAGCACUCAUCCAAACGUACAAAGAAAACUCCAAAAAGAAAUUGAUGAUACCUUAAAAGAUUGUAAUGGAAAAUUAACUUAUGAGGCUUUAUUAAAAAUGAAAUACUUAGAUAUGGUUAUUUCGGAAACGCUAAGAAUGUGGCCUUCACUCCCAAAUACAGAUAGAGUGUGUACCAAACCGUACACUUUACCUCCAAGCAACGAAAAAGGUAAACCUUUAGAUAUUUAUCCAGGACAACCGAUAAUUUUUCCAAUAAUGGCGAUGCAUUACGAUCCUAAAUACUUUCCAAAUCCGAAUGAGUGGGACCCUGAAAGAUUUAGCGAUGAAAAUAGAGAAAAAAUCCAUCCCUACGCUUAUUUACCUUUCGGAAUAGGACCAAGAAAUUGUAUCGGAUCAAGAUUAGCUCAACUGGAAAUAAAAAUUUUUUAUUUUAACCUUUUAUCACAAUUUAACCUGGUAAAAACGGAUAAAACUGUAAUACCUUUACAAUUACACAAAAGAUCGUUUAAUAUGAAUACACAACAUGAUAUUUGGGUUGGUGUUAAAGAAAGAAUUUAAUUGGAAAUUUGAAUUUUUUAAAUAAGCUCCAUCUGUUAAUGAAAAGCAUAAACAAAAAUUAAAUUAAAUUUAUUUAGAUUUAUUG